GCAAUCAUGCCCAGUCAAAUACAAUUAACUCUUCUCCUCGUAACCAUUGUGUACAUGGUAUAUGGUACACCUGUUACAGCCGAACAAAAUCCUAAUCCUGGGCAAAAUGUAGAAGUAAGAGCAAAUCUUGAUAAGGUAGUUGAUGCUUUAUUACCUUCAGUACGUCAAAUCAUUUUGAAACAUGGAAUGGAUCCUAUGCAACUCCCCAACGUUUCUACACCUAUUUUCCCACACUUGACUGGAAAACUCAAGGGAAAUCUCGAUCUCAAGAAGGGGUGGAUACAAAAUUUAUCGCUAGUAAAACGUACCCAACAUGUGACUGCAACAUAUAAGGACUUACGUUUGACGAUGGAUAUGAAUUUAGGAUUUGAAGUUAUAAACUUUAGUUACGAUUAUUAUCUGAAGCAUUUACUGUAUAAGAGGAAUGGUAACAUGUAUGGUCGUUUACACGAUCUUGAUAUCAACGUCGUUGUAUCGAUCGAUCUAAAUAAUUAUUACUUAAAUCUCGACUCCAUAAAGUUCUCCAAUGUCUGGAAAUUUGACCUACAAUUCGGGGGUAAUCUUUUGGACCCUAUCGUGAAUGCUUUGACUAAAAUAGUCACAGUGGUUUUCCGAAAUCCUAUAUUAAAUAUCGUUGAAAAGCGUGCCAAAUCGAAUUUCAGCGUACAACUUGGUAACUGGAACACAAACACUUCACAACAAAAUCGCACGGAAAUAAUAGAUAAAUGGCUCGACAUUGUGAAAUCGGAAUUUCAUUAAUCCUUGUUAUUCUGUUAUACUAUCCUUGUAUAUUCAUUAUUAUGUAUCCUAAAAAUAUAAGCCAAUUAAAUCGUUGAACGCUUAUA